CUGAAAGCAGUUUAGCGCGCACGCUCCACACAUGCGCAUUAUUGACAGCGCCCAUCACGUCGAUUAAACAACUUCCUGGUCCGGGAAAAUCUGACAUUAUCGCGAUAGACGAGCUGAUCUGUUAGUACUUCUGCACUUCAGCGGCACGGGCCUGACGCUGGAAUGCAAAAGCAUAAGUUAUUUAGCCCAAACAAAGAACCGGGAAACGUCAGCGCACCUUCUCAGAAGUAUCACAGCUGUCCCUCGGGACUCAGCUACAGCCCGAGACAUGAGGGGGACUCUUAGCGUGUGGGGAUGAGACGAGAUCGGUUAUUUCGACAUUUGCAGCUCUGGGCUCGUUGACUCUCUGUUUUGGCUCAGGAUGGCGCAGGGAGGCUCUCAGCUCGACUACCACAUCCUGCAGGACCUCAAGCAGCGUUUCCCAGAGAUCCCAGAGGGGGUAGUGUCACAGUGCCUUCUGCAGAACAACAAUAACCUGGAUCUCUGCUGCCAUCUGCUGGCCCAGGAGAGUAACAGAUACCUGUAUGGUGAUUUCCAUCCCAGUCCAGAGGAGGGGCGGCUGAACCGAAAUCACAUGCUACACAUUAGCUUGGGCUACCCAGGUUCAGAUGCAAGCAAAUCAAAUGGAGGAGCAGGAGGAGUAGGGCGCUCCUUAGUGCACAGCACCAGUGACAGUCACAUCGAUCCGCAGCGACCCAACUACCCCGAACCGCUGUCAGCCCCUGCUACCAUGGCUCCUUCCCCUGGAUACAAUCCUUUUUUUAUGAAUGAUCAGAGCCGCUCAGCCAGUACUCCCACCCCUCCACCCACAAUGCCAGGCAUGUCUCCCACAUACUCUUCUGUUUCACAUUACACCAUGAACCCUAUAACAGUCACUCUUUCGCAAAGCAUACCCAACGUCCCACAAGCUCUGCAGAUCCCUCCUGGACACUACGCAAACAACACCAACGCAACCCUGUACAUUCGACCCUCGCCAUCUCAAAGCCCCCAGCCAGCACCCUGGUCCUCCUCAGGUGCACCUGUCUAUCAACAUCAGCAGUCCCCUUACAGCACUCCCACAUACGGCUCACCUUACAGCUCCCCACAGCAUCAGGUCCAGGCGCAGCCCCAACCGCAACCCCAGCUACAACCCCAGCUACAACCCCAGCUGCAACCCCAGCACCAGCCCCAACCCCAGCACCAGCACCAGCAGUAUGUCUUCCUCCCUAUUAGCUCCCCAACUCUUCCCAGCAUGCCCUACCACCACCAGCAGCCGCCCCAGCAACAGCCUCCUGUUUACAGGCCCUACCAAACAAAAAACCUCCUUAAGAACCAGAUAGAGAUUACUCUGGAGGGUCCGCGGCCUCGCAGCAAUUCACCUGUGCACACUCCUCACCCCCAGGGACCACUUUACAGGUCUCCCAGUUCUUCGCCCAGCUCCCCUUCGAGGGGCAUCGCAGUGAAUGCAGGUCCGCAGCCGUACCACCCUGGGGUGUACAUGCAGGGAAGACCUCGGCCCGCCUCGUCCCCUCAACCGGGGCAGUCAGCCUAUACGUUCAAAAUCAAAGUGUCCCCAGGAGGCCAGGCUCAGAGGCCCCUGAGCUCGCCGCCCGUCACUGAAGCCGAGCCCAUUCUCAACAUAGUAGACCAAGGAGCGCACAACGCUGCCCCUGCACCCAUCCUGCCCAUCUCCGCUCUGCCGGGGACUAUCACCAGUCAGUUUCAGCCAAUGCCCAGGCGUUCCAGCUCGGGCUCUGAUGACUAUGCCUACACGCAAGCUCUCCUGCUCCACCAGCGGGCGAGGAUGGAGCGUCUGAUGAAGGAGCUGCGGCUGGAGCAGCAGAAACUCGAGCAGCUGAAGGGUGACGUUAACAACAUGGAAUACGAUGCCCUUCAAAGACGCUUUCGACGAGUCAACUCCACCAGUCUAAUCCCCCGACCUGAGGAGAUGACCCGACUACGCAGUCAGAACAGACAGCUUCAAAUUGAUAUCGACUGUACACUGAAGGAAACAGAUCUACUGCAGUCUAGAGGGAAGUUUGACCCCAAAGCAAUGAACAACUUUUAUGACAAUAUUCAGCCCGGUCCUGUAGUGCCGCCCACAUCUGGAAAGAAAGAAGGGACACAGGCCUCCAAGCGGGUCCCCCAGACGGACGAGGACUUUGAAGGCGCCCAGUGGAACUGUGAAAGCUGCACCUUCCUCAACCACCCUGCACUAAACCGCUGUGAACAGUGCGAGAUGCCACGCUACACCUGAGCUUACGCACUGUGCUGUAUCUCCACUCCUGCCUCAUCCCUUGCAAAUCCCUGGAUACUAUAAGCCCCGCCCCUCUACAAUCUGCAGAAUCUGUGUAGAGGUCUCAUCCCAUCAAUCAGUAUACAAGUCCCCUCCUACCUGCUGAGGAAGAGCCACUUAUCCCUCUCGUCCUGCUCUGGUCCCCUACUCCUGUGCACUUUGACCUUUGUUUUCUUUGGUGGAUAAUGACCAUUAUUCUGGAGGGCUGGAGCUUCCUGUGGCAGACGUGUAAGAGCAGACUGCGGCUCAGACGGCGGGUGCAGCAGGCUUCAGAAAUGUCAGAGCGCUUUAAGGAUUGAGGAGGAGCAGCUGUGGUUUACCUGGCGACCAUUCCAUGCAGAACAAAUGACUGCCCUGUUUACACUGUGCCCAUUCCCAAAGUAUAAAUGGAGACACUUGUUUUAUCCAGGACCUCCAGCUCCCUCUUUCUGACAGUGGAACAAUGAAAGCAAUGAGUAUAUAAGUUGUGACUAAUGCGAAAUGUAGACUUUACACUGUAUCUGGCUCUGUAUGAGAGCUCAUUUCACUGAAAGAACACUAAAGACACUUGCAUAUGAGUAUGUUCCUGGUACUUUUAUGCAUAUUAUUACCACCCUGUAUUAUGUGUUCAACAGAUGUUGAUUUCCUGUGCAAAUGCCUCAACUUGCUGUACUUAAUAAAAGAGCUGAUUCUAUGUGACUUGA